AUGGGGAAUAAUGACAGAGUCCGCGAAAGGUCACCGCGACGGGACUAUGGCUCUCAUAACAGACGGAGCCACGAUCGCAACACUCAUAGAACCAACACGCGCUCACGCUCAAGAUCACCAGCGCAUGAACGAUCAAAAUUAUCAUCAUCUCGACAUGAAGGACGUUUAUCUGAGCCAACUCAUCGCCAUUCAUUAUCCAAACAUCAUGAUAACCGUCACCAUCACCGCUCAUCUCACAAACAUCGGGAUCAUGCAAGUCGCAAACCGGAAGUCGCAGUCAAGCUUCCAUUUGAUGCCCGACCUUUAUCAAAAGCAGAUUUGACUGCCUUCGAAUCACUUCUUGGCGAGUAUCUCAGUGUCCAGAAGCAAAAGGACAUGACCGCAAUGGAUGAUCGCGAGGUCAAGGGACGAUGGAAGAGUUUUGUUGGGAAAUGGAAUCGCAAUGAACUUGCAGAGGGGUGGUACGACCCUGAAACUUAUGCUCGUAUCACCGCGGAAAAUCCAGUUACAGCUCGACCAAGACACGCUUCUGUGCACAAGGAAGAAGAAGAGGAGCCCAUAAAGGACACGACAAACCAAGGCAGCGAAGACGAGGAUGAUGAUUACGGACCCCCUCCCCCAGGAUCAGAUCGUGCACGACGCUCCGGCCCAGGCAUCCCCACGCUCCAAGAUUUGUCUUUACGUGCUGAACUUGCCGAGGAAGAUAAACAAGCUUCCAUCGAAGACAUCCGCAACGCACGCAAAGCCGACAGGGCUUUACAGAAAGAGCGGCUUGAUGAACUGGUCCCCCGCGCCGAAGCUGGGACUCGCGAGCGCAUGCUCGAAAAGAAAGCAGCCGUUGCAGACAAGAUGCGCUCGUUCCGUGACAAGAGCCCCGGCGCUAUGGAGGUUACCGACGAGAAGGAGCUCAUGGGUGGCGGCGAUUCACUAGAUGAGUACAAAAAGGCCAAAGAGAGGGAACAGCGACGCAAGUCGGAAAGAGAGAUUCGCAGAGAAGAGGUCGACAGAGCCAAGAGGGAGGAGAUGGAGGAGAGGAAGAGGGCUUACAUGGAGAGGGAGGAGGGUACUGUGAGUAUGCUGAGGGAGUUGGCGCGACAGCGAUUCGGAUAG